CAAACGAUGACGAAGGCCGCGAGGACACUUCGGGUGCGUAGUCGAUCUGCGCCGUGGGACGGAGCGUCAGCGGCGACGGCGGCGGCAGCGCGCGCUCUGCGCCGCACCUGGUCGCGGUGGUCCGUCUGGCCCUGCGUCAGCUCGCUGCCGAAGGGCGAGUAGCCGCUGCGGGAAGGCACGUCAGCCGCGGCGUGCUCCAGCAUCCAGAGCUCCACGUCUGCUCCUGCGCUGCACUGAUGCUGCUGCACGCGACCGAUUCCACUGCGCCUCUGGACGCAUUCAGCCUCUUCUCCCACCGCCGCCCCUCCUUGUGUGCUCCUCUGCUCCGCUCACUCUCUCUCUCUCUCUCUGCCCGCUCUCCGUGUCACGUACCGGAAUGCGGCGCUCUGCUCCAUGGCGAUGCGCAUGCGCGUCUCGCGCGGCAGGGCAAAGAAGGCGUGCGAGAGGGCAAAGAUGUCCUGCCGCAGCGCCUCGAGCGGCGAGGCGGCGAGAUAGACGAAGCCGACGUGCUGCAUGGCGUGCAGCAGCUGUGCCAGUGCCGCCGGCUCGUGUGCGGCGAGGGCGGCGUGGUCGAUGCUGGGCCAGGCGGCGGACAUGAUGGUGGUGGUGCAGAAGAAAGAGCGGGGCCAGCGGCAGCCGUGUCUGAUGGGCGCCGCGUGCAGGUGUGGGCGCGGCGAGCACGCCAUCCACUUCCAGGCCGCCGAGGUGCUCCGUGCGCCGCGGCCAGCCGUACGAGGUGCUCCGUGCGCCGCCGCGUGCGCGGCCAGCUGGGUGCGCCUUAAGUUUGAGUUGUCCCUUUUGUAUUCACCGCCUGGCGCAACCAGACAAGAUGAUGCUUCUUCUUCUCUCGCCAGUGCAGAAUUGCCG